GAAAGCGACAGUCGUCUUCACAAUAACACAAGUGAAGGUGUAUUGAUUUGACGCGAUUUAACGGAUUAAAGAGAGACUUUGUUUGUUCAUGGAGCUAUACAGCUAACCGGGGUCGGUUUGUAUCAACCGACAAGCAGACAUGUUGCUACCGUCCGACGUCGCGAGGCUUGUUUUGGGCUACCUCCAAGAAGAGGGACUGUCCUCGACAUCCCGAGCUUUCAUCCAUGAGAGCCCCAACCUGAAGGAGUAUGCAGAACACUCCACGGAAGAUGGGAAUAUUCCUGCUUGUGUUUUUUCUCUCUUUGGGAACGGCCUAACAUCCAUCCUAAACGAGUAUGUCGGUACCAAGACAAAAGAGUCUUCUCAUGAGGUGCCUGUCAUGAUGACAUCAUUAUGGAAAAAGCUGGAUUUCACGCUCAACCAGAUCAGGUCGAUACAGAAUUCCCCUUCUAUAUCCUCCAUUCAAAGAACACGCUCACGCAUCGGAGUGGCAAACAUGGCCCGACAGCAGGUGUUGACCGUGACUUCAGCUAGUAGUAGUGUCCUCUGCUCCUCAGUGUCUGAAGCCAGCUCCAUCAUCAGCCCUGCAAACAUCUCCCUCAGCAUGCUGGGCCACUCCACCCCCGUGAGCUACAGCACCACACACACCCGAGCGACUGCCGGCGGUGGCACAAACCAGCAGAUCCAAGAUGUCACCCGCUUACUAAGUAUCCCCAGGGAUUCACCUGUACAGAUAGUCGUUUCAGAUCAUCGGCUAAACCAAGGCCCAAUGUCUCCCGGACGACGGAAAUGGGACACCCCCAGGAAGAGAGGGGGGGCUCAGAGUGGCUCCAAUGCCAUGACAGUCAGUACUCCAAACGCAGAACCCCAAACGGAAGAGGCUGUAGAUGAAAACUUUCCUCAAAUCGUGAUACAAAAUGCCCGUGAUAAGAUAUUGGGGGACAGGUCGUUACAAGAGAAACUCGCUGAAAACAUCAACAAAAUCCUCGCCAACGAGCCGCCACCACAACCAUCUAAGGCCCCAUUGAGUACAGUGGAGGCAGACCAGUCUAUAGAUGAAAUCCUGGGAUUACAGGGGGAAAUCCACAUGAGUGACGAUGCCAUGCAUGACAUUUUGGAGCAAACAGAGUCGGAUCCAGCCUUUCAUGCCCUCUUUGAGCUCUUCGAUUACAAUAAAACCAGAUUUCCUGACAGUGAACAAGCUGGUGGAGAUAUUAGCAUUAAUCCAGGAGAGAACAUUGCUGCUGGACUUCCAGCUACAGUCGGACCACUUCAAAAUGAUGAUCCAGGCACUGCACUAAGAGAUGCUACUGCUUCAGAUACAGCGACAGUGAAGUCCAGAGUUGGACCAGAGCGCAAGACCAGGAAGUCUGCCGCCCCCACCUUGUUGAAGAAGGUGCUUGGCCCCGGCGGAAGAACAUCCCGGAUUGAAAACAGCUCAGCCAAACUGUUAGUGAGCCACGGGGGCCACACGGGAGACUCGAUCAGAAAACAAAAACUCACUCCUUUCCACAACAGUGUUUUUGGAACACCGAUGGAUAUCGAUGAACCGCUGCAUACUCCUCCCCCUCCGUCAGACAUUAUAGACACUGCCAUCGCAACUGGAUCAACUUGUCUUUCUUCUGCUGCUUUUGCAUUAGCGGUGCCGGAAGCAACCGCUAUCAAAAACCAGGAGCAAAAACAAGCACAGGGAUCUAAAGUGCAACCUGCUCCAGCUCCCUCUGGGUUUCUGUUUCCUUUACAAGUAGAACUGAACAACACUCUAACGUCAAAUGCUGCCCUACCUCACCCGCCUCUCUUCAGCGGUGUUAAAGACGACUCUUGCACAACCGUCUCCGGCGGUGCCACGGUUACCACUGCCUUACUUUCAUUUGCAUCCACUGCUGCAACAACCGGCUCAUCCACUACCUCUGCGGCGCUCACACCUGCACCCCUCUCCCUCCUCCCUGUCAUACCCACCUCCUCUUGUGCCCCAGUUGGUUUAGCACCUAAUCCUCCAAGCAAGGCUGCAGUGGACUCCAGUAACGUUGUGUCUCUGGAGAUCAUCAUCAGCGAGACCCAGGAUGAGGAUUCUUCAAGAGAACUGACCUCCAGUCAGGCAAUUCCCAGCAUAACCGGGAACAAGAUACCCACCAUCUAUCUCUCCUCUCCAGUGAAGACCUUGAGAUGUCCCGGCACGCCGAGGGCUACUUUGGACGAGGCUGCCCUGGCGGUUUGUGGCUUACAAAACUCUGAGGCUCAUGGUAGUCCUCUGGGCUGUAAGGCUGUCGUUGCAUCUCCAUUAAGAGGGGCGUCAAUGGCCCAGCCAAACUACAUCAUUCAGCUGCCCUUGGAUACAGCUAACCCCGCCCUGCAAGGAGCCGCCACCAGCUAUUUCAUUGUGACUGAACCCCCGACUGCAGAUGCUCCGAACAGAAAGGUGCUGCUGCCUGCUGGGGCCUCGAUGGGACAGCCUUUGCCCAACAACCAGUACGGGGUUACCACACCUACACGCUCUCGAGGCAUUUCAACUGUGCCAACGCUCAUUCUCCCAUCACCAGCUAAGCCCAUGAUGCUUCCUGUUUCAGUCAUGGGGCCCAAUUCUCUGGGGACGGUCCAGAUGGUUUCAAAUCAGUUUGUUGCCAUUCAGAACCCGGUACUGGUACAGCAGUCAGAAAAGCCCAAGUCUCCCACAGUGGUACUCAAACAGUCUCUACCUGCAGGCACUGGAAACCCGCUUGGUAAAUCGGUGCAACCUGUUUUGGCUGAAAGCCCGGUCCAGCAGGAUGCAUCGAAGGCUCCUAAACACAGGAGGAUUUUAUGUUUCGACUCUUCUGCAGAAGCUCAACCACAAACUGCCAAAACAACAAGGAGAAGCAAACCUCCAGCUACAACCACAUCUCCAUCAGGACCUGUAAAGCAGGCUGAGAAGGACACCACGCAGUCAGUGACUCGAACAAAUCCUUCCAUCUUAAGUGGAAACAAGCCCAAGAGGAGGAUAGAGCCGGUGAGAUGCUCAGCAGAUUCCCACACAGCUGAGAGCUUCAUGAAGGAGGCGGAGAAGUCCACACCACCACAGCAGAAGGGUCAUUUAAAAAAGAUCUCCCACAAGCAAGAUCACAGCGUCCAAAACCAAGAGCCACAGAGUGCCAGUACCAGUAGGGGGGUGGCCUCAGAGACUGAGAAACACUCAGAAUCUGGAAGGAGUUCAAAGGACAGGAAGCACAGUCAUGAUAAGGAGGGUAAGGGAGCAAAAGCUAAGGACUCUAGGUCAUCGUCAGGAACUGUAAAGGAGAAAGAGGACAGCAGCAGGAAAGAACCGGCAGAAAAGGCUUCUGGAAAAACACGGGAGGGGCGUUCAGAAAAGAGGACUACCUCCCAGGAGAUGCCAAAUGUCACCGCUAACAAGGAGAAUGAAGUGAAGGGGAGCUUGAAAGAGCAGCCAGCAGCACCAUCCUCCACGACGUUAAGGGACUUCAGCCCUCCUGCUGUCGCCCAGCCGGCCUCUCAUCCUCAACCCAAGGCUUCUAAGGCCCCCUCGAAGACCAGCUCUCUGGCUAAACAGGCGGCAGAGAUGCUGCAGGACAUCCAGGGGCUCCACUCUCCCUCCACCGCUGUGAAGAGGCCUGGAGCAGCCAGCACAGACCACAGUCUCCCCCGCACCCCAGGCAACAUCCAGGAGGAGUCAGCGGAUUGUCCCAGGACUCCCUCCCGACUGAAAAAAGGUAGAGACGGAGAGGGCACUCCCAAACAUCUUCUGCCUCCCACCACCCCGGAUGUCCCCACCUGCAGCCCGGCCAGUGAGGCUGGCAGCGAGAACAGCAUCAACAUGGCCGCCCACACUCUCAUGAUCCUCUCGCGCGCCGCCAUCGCCAGGACGGGCACGCCACUGAAGGACAGUCUGCGUCAGGAAGAAGUGGGAGAAAACUCACCCACGAGCUCAAAGAACUCAAAGAAACGAAAACUGUCGUCUCCCACAGCCAGCCCGCAGGCCAAGAAGGAGACCAAGCAGUCUCCCAGCAAAACCACAGAGCGGGAAAAGAAGAAACUUGUGGAUUGUUUCCCCCAUGACUUGGAUGUAGACAAGUUCCUGUCUUCACUUCACUACGACGAAUGAAACCGGACACAGCAGCAGGACAAGGACUCCCCCAUCACGACAUGCUUGGGUGAUUCUCCGGGAAUAGAACAAGCCAUCUGCUUAACCCGUGCCUAUAGUUCCUUUUGGUAACCUUGCCCGUGACCUUAUAAGCUGUAAUGUCUCCUCCAGCCAAUGGGGGAAUUUGAUUCGGGUUCCUAGUGACGGGGCGGAUGACCUGCAUUGAAUCCUGUUGAGGACAUGAGUGCCAUCAUGUCACUUUGUUGUAUCUUUUUUCAUAUCAUGAUGUUUACUUCUGCUUAAAUUAUCUUUGUUCUGUGCUUACACAAACAACUUUUUGGGGGACAUAAAGGUUGCUGUUGAUAUAAGGGUGACCCAAAGCGUUUACUUGGUCAAUAUUUGACUCUUCUUUUGAUAAAUCCUGCAACACACUGACUGAAAUGUUGGUAUAAAUGAGUUUUGAUAUGUCUCUAGUUAUUAUAAUAACGCGGUAUUAAGAGCUUUGUUUUUUAUCUUAAGAAAAAAUUAAUUUAACUUAAUGAAAGCAAUUUCAAGAAUAGGUGUGUGGCAUACAUGUGUGUAAAUACAUUAUGUAUAUUUUGGUCUUUGUUGAUGGUAGGAUCUGACACUCAAGAUUGCAUACUGAGGCUUCAUUCAGUGUCGUAAUAAAACAAAGAAACAGU